CUGCCGGCGUACAGUGCGGCCGGAGAUUUAGUUAUUGCCGCUGCACGCGACAAGCGUGUUGUAGAGUUUUUCGUGUUGUUUUUGUUCUGGAUCGCUGCCUCGGGUGAUUUUCAGGCGACUUUAGAGGCUGAGGGUGGAGUUCCGAUUUAUUCAUUUCGUUUACCGGUGAAAAGUAGGACGGAGUCUAACGGCGAAGUGUUCCGGGAUGAGAUGGUGGAAGGAUGGAUUUGUACGUCAAGGGAGGCUAAACUGGAAUUCUUGAAACGUAAAAGGCUACAGCGGAUGAAAACAGAGCACUCAAAUGAUUUUACAACUGUGGGCAAGAUGAUGAGCAGGAGUGGUGGUGAUGCUUUAAGGACUUCUUCUCCAUGCGGUGUGAGAUUACACAAAACUUCUCAUGCACACAUAAAAAUUGAUCUCAAUUCAAAUGAGAAAGUUGAAUGUUCCAAGCGCAAAGUGGAAAAAUCUGAGUCACUUGACCUUGAAUGGAUUGAUAAAAUUCCAGAGUGCCCAGUGUACUGCCCAAGUUUAGAAGAAUUCCAGGAUCCUUUAGUUUAUCUGCAAAAGAUUGCUCCGGAGGCUUCAAAAUAUGGUAUCUGCAAGAUUGUAUCUCCAUUAAGUGCCACUGUUCCUGCUGGGGUAGUCCUUAUGAAAGAAAAAGCUGGUUUCAAAUUUACCACGAGGGUACAACCACUUCGUUUGGCUGAAUGGGAUAGUGAUGACAAGGUCACAUUUUUCAUGAGUGGAAUAAACUAUAGCUUUCGUGAUUUCGAGAAAAUGGCGAACAAGAUUUUUGCUCGUAGAUACUACAGUUCUGGGUGCCUUCCUGUUACAUUCAUGGAAAAAGAAUUUUGGCAUGAAAUAGCUUGUGGAAAGACUGAAAGCGUUGAAUAUGCAUGUGACGUUGAUGGCAGUGCAUUUUCAUCCUCUCCUGAUGAUCCUCUUGGAAAAAGCAGAUUGAAUUUGAAGAAACUUUCUCGGUUGCCUAAAUCUGUUUUGCGCCUUCUUGAAAGAUCAAUCCCGGGUGUCACCGAACCUAUGCUGUACAUUGGAAUGCUGUUUAGCAUGUUUGCUUGGCAUGUGGAAGACCAUUACCUAUACAGCAUCAAUUAUCAUCACUGUGGGGCAGCAAAAACUUGGUAUGGCAUUCCUGGUCAUGGAGCACUCGAUUUUGAGAGGGUGGUCAGGGAGCAUGUUUAUACACAUGAAAUCUUAUCUGCUGAUGGGGAGGAUGGAGCUUUUGAUGUUCUUUUAGGGAAGACAACAUUGUUUCCACCAAAUGUACUGUUAGAACAUAACGUUCCUAUUUACAAAGCUGUGCAGAAGCCUGGGGAAUAUGUUGUAACUUUUCCUCGAGCUUAUCAUGCUGGAUUUAGUCAUGGUUUUAAUUGUGGUGAAGCUGUUAACUUUGCACUUGGUGACUGGUUUCCCUUGGGUUCAAUUGCUAGUCGGCGUUAUGCUGUCCUUAACAGGAUGCCUCUCCUUCCUCAGGAGGAGCUCCUGUGUAAAGAGGCAAUGUUGCUCCAUAAAAGCUUUGGACUUAAAGACCUGGAUGAUUUAUAUGCGGAUUUGAUGUCUCACAACAGCAUUAAGGCUUCUUUUGUAAGUUUGAUACGCUUUCAGCAUCAUGUCCGGUGGUGUAUGAUGAAAUCAGGACAAUGCACAGCUGUUUCUUCAUUUUCGCACGGAACAAUCCUCUGCAGCCUCUGCAAACGCGAUUGUUAUGUAGCCUACCUGAAUUGCAAGUGUUACCUGCAUCCAUUAUGCCUUCGCCAUGAUUUAAAAUCACUUGAUUUGGCUUGUGGAGGCAUUUCAUCAGUAGCCGUCCGGGAAGAUAUAUUGGAUUUAGAAGCGGUGGCAAGGCAGUUUGAGCAGGAGGAUAGCAUAUUACGUGAGGUUGAACAACAAUAUAGAUAUGAUGAUGACUUUGUUUUGCUAAUUAGGACAUUCCCAGGAGUUGCGAAUGAAGGUUAUGUUCCUUAUUGCGAGAUGUCAAUUGGAUUAAAUGAUGAAAGCUCCCUUAGACAGGGCCAGUUGAACCAUCUGCCAACUAGUCCUCCGUUGUGCAAUGGAACUGAAACUUCUCGGCCUGUAACUUGUCACGAUUUUGAAUCAAGCACCGAACAUGUUAGUCCCCAGACUAAGUCCAAUGAAGAAACUGAGGAUUCUGAUUCAGAAAUAUUCUGCGUCAAACGAAGAUCUUCUUCCAAAGUGAAACACAAGAUUGUUGCACGCAAUUCGGUUAAUGUGAUAACUGAACCACAGGGUUUUAAGCGACUCAAGAAGCAUCUGCCGGACGGUAACAAAUCGGGUAGGGGAAUUGGUAGUUUUCCCAUCUCCAUCAAGCUAAAGAAGCAGACGGUAAUAAACGAGAAACUCAUCUUGGGCAAAAACGGAAAAUCCUCCCACAUCGAGAUUGCACCCAAACGCCUCAAAGUCAGAGGGCCAUCAGCUUUAGGAUAUUAUGACACAAGGCCUAACUGAAUUAGUGUUUACACGGUUCUUUCGAAAUUUGACGGAUCUGCCCCUGGAGCUUCUACUCAGACGUUUUUAGCUAACAAACACAAAUAUUUGCUUUUAGGUGGGAAAAAUCUGACUACAUGAGGAUAUGCUAGAAGUUUCUAUUUCUUGGGAGCAGCUGACGAGAUUCUACAUUCUAACUCAAUCAUAUCAUGCUUUAUUCUUUUGUGUGGGCCCGGCUCAAAUUGACGUGGCUCUGCACACGUGACAGUUGUUAUGGUUCUCUAGUCGGGGGGUGGGGGUGUUUUUCAGUCUUUGGCUGGGGAAUCUCUCGUUUUCCACGCCUGCGCGUUUAUUGAUAGAUUUCGUAGAUUUUGUUCUAGUUUCUUAUUCAGGCUGUACAUUUUGCUCCUCUAACGCUUGAUUGAUUCAUUCCCUUACCCUACGCUUGUCGUUAAUGUUUAUGUCUGCUGCUUCUGCUUUGGUUAGAUUUGAUCAUUCUUUCUUGUAGCUACUGAGUGGUUUAUUGGGACUGGAAUUACAUGAAUAAAAGAUUUCUUGAAUU